UUUGUAGUUUCUAUACUGUUUACACAUUUAACCCUAUUGGUAACAUUUGUAACAGAAGUUUGAGGUGUUGCUUUUGGGUAACAUUGACUUUCCUAUCGUUUGCAAUGAGCCAAGAAUAAAUCACAUGGGGUGAUUUAUAUGUUUUAAAAACAUUUUAGACUAUAAAAGAAGAUACGUGACAUGUUCUCUCUAAUUUAGAUUUAGAAGCAUGAUUCUGAAAGUGUUACCCAAAUGCUACAUAGCCUCCUCUAUCAGUUCGUGUGUUUUGUACCUAAAUACACUGCCUACGGGCUGGCUCUGAAGCUUUGUGACCACGCCCACCGACGAAACCCCGCCCCCUCCGCUUGCGUAUCUACUGUUAACGGAACAGUAGUGUUUAAUGUUUACAAGCGUUCAGCUUGACUGCACUAUCUGAUCUGGACGCUUCAUCCUCGAAAAAAUAUACAGCGAAAGGCGUGGACGCACUGUGAAAUAGCUAAAGUAUGUCUCGAGAGCAGAAAGCAGUGGAUCGUGCCAGGAAGGCCUUCCUCACCGGCCGGAGCAAAUCACUGGAGUACCGCGUUACCCAGCUAAAAAACCUGCUGCGUUUUGUCAGAGAACGACAGACGGAAAUUUCAGAGGGUCUCAAAAAGGAUCUCAGAAGGAGUGAGUGUGGAACUCCUUUGUAUGAGACUCUGGGUCUGGAAAGUGAGAUUGACCUGGCUGUGAGAAAUCUGAAACAAUGGGCUGCUCCUCGACCUGUGAGCAAGAGCAUGAUGACCAUCUCAGACCAGGUCUACAUCCAGCCUGAGCCUCUGGGAGUAGUGCUGGUCAUUGGGGCCUGGAAUUACCCCUGGGCAGUCACCAUCGGGCCCCUCAUAGGAGCUAUAGCAGCAGGCAAUGCAGCUGUAAUAAAGCCCUCUGAAGUCAGUUCUCACACUUGCAAAGUAAUGGAGGAUCUCUUACCACUUUACCUGGACAAAGAGUUGUAUCCUGUUGUCACCGGUGGGGUGACAGAGACCCAAGAGUUGCUCAAGCACCGGUUUGAUCACAUCUUCUACACUGGAAACGGCACAGUGGCUAAAAUCAUCAUGGAGGCCGCUGCUAAACACUUAACCCCUACCACUCUGGAACUGGGCGGAAAGAGCCCGUGCUACAUCGACAAGAACUGUGACCUUUCCAUUGCCUGCCGGCGUAUUGCAUGGGGGAAGUAUUCAAACUGUGGUCAGACCUGCAUUGCUCCGGACUACAUACUGUGUGACCCCAGUAUGCAAGACAGAGUGAUUGAAGAGAUCAAGAAGAAUAUUAAAGAAUUCUAUACCGAAGACCCCAAAAAAUGUCUGGAUUACGGACGCAUCAUCAAUCAGCGCCACUUCAAGAGACUGAUGGCAUUGUUGGAGGGCAGCACUAUUGCUGUGGGGGGUGAAAACGAGGAGUCUGAGUGCUAUAUUGGUCCAACAGUUUUAAGGGACGUGAACCCGGAUGCCAAGGUGAUGCAGGAGGAGAUCUUCGGGCCUCUGUUGCCCAUCCUGACAGUUAGCAGUGCAGAUGAAGCCAUCAAAUUCAUCAACCAGAGAGAGAAACCCCUUGCCUUGUACAUCUUUUCUUCAGACAACAAGUUGAUCAAGCGUUUGAUUGCGGAGACCUCUAGUGGUGGAGUGUUGGCCAAUGACUGUUUGAUGCAUUUCUCAGUAACCUCUUUGCCUUUUGGUGGAGUUGGUAACAGUGGGAUGGGCCAUUAUCACGGCAAGUACGGCUUUGAUAACUUGAGCCACUUGCGCGGCUGUCUAAUCAAACAGUUGAAGAUGGAGGGGGUGAAUAAGAUGCGUUACCCACCACAUACAGCAGAUAAGCUGGGCUGGGCACGCUUUUUCAUCCUCAAACAUGUCGACUUCGGCAGCCUGGGCCGCAUGGCGCUGCUGGCUCUGAUGGCCGUCUUUGUUGCAGUGAUUUUACAGAGAUACUUCACUGACUAAGAAUGUGAAUAAUAUGAAGAAAUCGUACCUCCACCCUGAACACACAGGCCUUGGUCAGACGGUCGGCUAACUCCUACUGAAGUGCUGCUUCCCUCCUUUGCCUUAGUUUUAUUAUCAUGGCCAUGAUUCAUUUCAAUCAUUAUGACAAUGCUGCAUUUUAGGUCAUUGAAACUAACAUACAAUUUUAAUACUAAUUAUUGUGAUAUCUGGAGCACUUUAAUCAGGGCUUUUUUAGAAUACACUCUUUUUAUGAUGCUCAAAGACCCUUGUCAGGAGUCCAUCAUGUCUGGGAUGUUUUUUAAUGAAGGAAAUGAAGGCCUCUCAGAAUAGAAUGAUUUUGUUUUCUUAUGCACAUAACUUAUAAUAUAUGCUAUUUUGAAUAAGAAGUCCAGCAUUUUGAAGAAAUGCACAUUUCCUAACCCAAGUCUAAAUGUGAGUUUCGUGAAGUGUUAACAAGUUUGUGCUGCAGUUAUGUGGUUCAGUCAGAUUUAUGAAGAAUUGGUUAAUGUGAAGUUUACUCAGAAAUGAAAAUUGUGUCAUCGUUUAUUCACCUUCGUGUUGUCCCACCCCGUAUGUAUUUCCUUUUCCUAUGAAACAAGAUGAAGAAAUUUUGAAAAUAGUUACGCUGCUUUUUUUUCAUGCAAUGCAAGUGAAUAGGAAUUGUCAUAUAGGUUUGCAACAACAUGAGGGUGAGUA